AUGGGCGCCAAGUCGGGCCUCGCCCUCAAAGGCCUCCAGUGGCUCGUCCGCGGCAUCCAAUUCCUCUGCGCCGCCCUCAUCCUCGGCGUCUACUCGUACUUCCUCGCUGCCCUGCACAACCACGCCCUGUCCAUCCCCACCAGCGCCCGCGCCGUCGAGGGCAUCGCCGGCGCCGCCGUCCUCUACACCCUCAUCGGCCUCGUCCUGCUCUGCUGCGUAGCCGGCUUCCUCUUCACCUCGGCCAUUGCCAUCCUCCUCGACAUCGCCUUUGUCGGCGCCUUCAUCUACGUCGCCGUCGCCAACAAGCACGGCGCCGGCUCGUGCAGCGGCUAUCUCGACACCCCCUUUGGCAGUGGCCACUUCCGCACCGCCUGUCGUCUGCAGACGGCCUGCUUCGCCGUUGCCAUCGUUGCCAUCGUCUUCUUCAUACUCGCUGCCUUCAUCGAAGUCGCCCUCGUCCGCCACCACCGCAAGGAGAAACGCUUCGGCCCCGGCCCCGCAAACAACUACACCUCGGGCUACGGCACCAAAGGCGCCUUUGCCGGCCUCGCCUCGCGCUUUCGCCGCAAGCCCAAGGCCCAGCCCGCCGACGACGCAAACGCCCUCCCCGAGCACACCCACCCGACCCAGCUCAACGGCGCCAACCGCCAGAGCUACGGCACCGAGACCACCGCCGUCGGCGCCGCAGCCGCCGUCCCCGCCCACGACUACGCAAACAAGCCCGAGGCCGGCUACGGCUACCAGCCCCACCACGGCGCCGCCGCCGCCGCCGCCGCCGGGCCCCAACCGCAGCACCCGCCGCCCGCCGCCCACCAAUACAACGACGGUGUCUACGACCGCGCUGAACUCUAA